AUGUCGAUGCUCACACACCUUCCUGCACCCUUGGCUCCGCCCGUGCUGGGGCUGGGGCUGGCGGUGGCUUCGGCGGCGUGGUUUACCGUUUCGUACGUCGGCUCGCUCUACCUCUCGCCGGCGGGUAGGAUCAACGGUGCGGUGGAUGCAGACGGGGUGCCGCUCGACCGCGACCAUCCCGUCGUGAUCCGCUCGCGCAUCAAGACCGCUUCGGCCGCCACCGCGCUGUCUCUCGUCUGUGCAGGUGCGCUACUCAAACGUGCCAUCCCACCCAGUGGCUGGUUGCUCGACACACUCAAUAUCGGUCGCCUGCUGGGUCUUCCGCUCCCCGUUCCCACCCUUCUCACCUCCAAAAUCAUCCCAAUCUCACCCCCUCUGCUGAGCUACAUAGGCUCAAUGAGCGUGCACAUUGCUGCACCUGUGCUGCUCACCUCGCUUCUCUACCUCGGCCCACUGCUCACCCGCUUCCUCGAUGGCCAACUCCCCUUCCAACGCCAGUUCAACUUCCACACGGACAUUGUCGAAAGGUUCACCUCGCUCGCCGGCGUGCGCAACUUUCUCGUCGGCCCGGCAACCGAGGAGCUGGUGUUUCGCGCCUCCAUCCUGGCUCCGCUCUACUUUGCCGGGGUCACACGCGCAAAGUUGGUCUUGGCAACACCGGGCUUCUUUGGGAUUGCACACGUGCAUCAUGCCUACAACGUCUACGUCUCUGGCGGGCGCACACGCAGCGCUGCCAUUCGCGGCGCCAUCACGGCCACCGCCCAGUUCGUCUACACCACCGCCUUCGGAUGGUACGCCAACUUUCUCUUCUUGAGGGCUGGCAGCGUUCCACCCGACCAAGUCCACACGUAA